AUGCACGCCGCAAAGAGGAGGAGGCUGGAUGGGUCUCCAGCAUUCCAAAAUAAGCCAUUCCGCUCGCCGCUUCCAAAAGCCAUCAAAGCCCAACCAACGGUAGAAGAUGAGCAUCUGGGACACACCUCUGAGCUCUCUGGUCAGAAGCUCUCUUCCUCAUCUAUUGCAACCUCGUCUCCAAAUGUUGAACCCAAAGACUCUCGAAAAGAGCGUUCUGUCCUUUCCAUCCGGCUCACAAAGUUGCGUCAGUCACUUGACACGGCCCAACAAGCCCUAGAGAUCGAGGAGUCAAACCAGGAUGCAGAGUUGCGGACCUUGAUUGGGAAAUGGAGGACUGUCGCCCAAGAGGCCGCAGAAGAGCUCUUUGCUGAUGCCAAAGAAAGAGUUCAAGGGAUGGGCGGAGUUGUUGCAUGGCGGCGACGCAUGAAGGAGGAUGCACGGCUGUGGACUGACAAUCAGGAUGAACGAAACCUCUGCCAUGGCGAUGAUAAUGAGCAGCUGGAGCACUCCCAUAGGAGACUGCCUGGUGAAAACAUGCCAUCGAGAUUGGAAUGCUCCCAAGACAGUGAGGAGGAUGAAGAGUCUUUCACCAUGGAUAUGAUGCUUCGACAGAUGAACAUUGAUUUGCGACUCAUUGGCUAUGAUCGGCAGUUCGAGCGGUGGGUGGAGUGA